AUGGACACGGCAGGCCAGUGCUCCUCAUUGAUCGGCCAGGUACGUGGAUGCGGUGAGUGGUUUUUGUGGUUUUCUGGGGGUAAUGGAAAUGCUGGUUGGCCCGGCGGUGUUUCUGUUACGUACGCCGGGUCAGAUGACCGUGGGCGAGGGAGUCGGGGUGGGUGUGUUCUAGACGGGAUCGACCAGCGAGUGCCCUCGGCAGCCAUGUAUAACGCCCGCCCCGCUAGCCCGCAUGCGGUAGGUCUCCUGACGUGA